CCCGUUUUCACCUCUUCAGUCAAUGCUUCUGCUUUCAUUGCUUCUGGUUACAGCCGUCCAAUAUGGUGGCUGCGGACCGUUAUCAAAAGAAGAUGACGAGCUAGGCACCACUUUGGAUAAGGAGCUAGAAGAUUUCCUCUCACAAGCAAUCGAAGAUUUGCCGGGAAAAUUGGACUCUGACUUCCAACGAGUAGAAGGGAGCGGUGCAUCUGCUUCGUCACAGGCGUCUUCGUCUGCGUCUGAAGAGGAAGGAAAAGAGGAGAGUGUGGUCACACAAAUGUUGUCAACCUUGGCGGAGACAGCAAAACUGUCACCGUAUCCGGAAGCGACCAAUGUUGUAAAGAGAUUAAUCGAAGAAGCAACUAACGACGAAGUGAAAGACCUUGUUAGAUUGGCAUCCACACUCUCUGGAUCAAGCUCGGAGUCCACAACACAUGCAGGCAGCAGCGUAAACGGCAGUAGUACCGAAGUGGGUCCUACCACAUCUGCCACUCUUCACACAACCAACAACUUCCUUGAAUCAGCUUCGGUGACAACAUCACCUUCGAGCACGUCUGAGUCUUUUGCUACUACUACAGAAGGAUCCGGCACCACAGACACAACGUCUUUGAUAUCAAUAAUUGAUGGCAGUUCCGAAUCUUCUAAAGACUCUCCACCUCCAAUGGAGCCUGAGGCAUCAGAAACAGAUUCGGUUUCUCUCAAGUACACUACUGUUAGUCCUGAAGCGAAAACUUUCAAGCAUAAAGAAACUACGCGAUCUGUUCUCGAUACUAGUGCCAUCGAAUGUGUUGAAGAGAAGACAUGCUACGGGGAUACUGACUGUGGACAGGGAGUUUGUCUGGGCGUAUUUCUCGAGAAAUGCAACUGCCAUGCUUGUGUUCCCAACAUCGAAUGCGAGGAUGAUUCCGAUUGUGGUGGGUUGCGAGGAGCAUGUCAAAAUGACGUCUGCAGAUGCGCCAAGGCUCUUGCCACUCAUGGGUUCACAUACUAUAUCGAUGCUCUGACAAAAUUCUGCUCACAACGAUCAUGUACAGAAACAAGUGAUUCGUGCUUCGGGUUGCCAUGCGGUCGUGGAAUUUGUUCAUGUAGAAAGUAA